GCCCGUCCGCCAGUGAACUGCUGCCAUGUGCCAUGCAUCCUUAAGCCACGGACUGUUGGUACAGACUCGAGCCCACCUCGGCCUCAUCACCAGCUCCGGCGCGGCUCAAAUCCUCGACUGACGGACUCUUCGAGGCGUCAACGAGACGCACGCUCGCCGACUAGUCUAGACGUGAACAGCUUAUGCCGACUCAGCCCAACUCAUGGUCACUUCAGCAUUCAGACUAAGCAUGAUUUACCCCAAAUUCAUUGGACAGCUGAACUCACCUUACCCAAUCAGCAUUCAAAGGCGUCCACAUCGAUCGGCGCAAUGUCUGCAUCUAUGCCCUUAUUAGCAUCAACUCUCCUCGGCCAUUGGCAGGCCUCUCCUCAGAUAGUCUCCAGACCUCGCAGUCCCAAUUACUUAUUUUUUUCGCCAGAUCGAUCAAAUCCGGUGCUGAAAAUGAGUCACUUUGGUGUGGAUGAAGGAGUCAGAACACGAAAAGUGAUUGGCUUCAACCCCCGGAGUUGCUCAGACAGCCUACGCUAA